AUGGGCCUCUCAAAAACAUUCUCAGCGUCCGAUGUCUCUGUCCACUCAACUUAUGCCUCUCGCUAUAUUCGAGACUCACCUGCUAAGUAUAAGAUGCCGGAGAAUUCAACCCCAAAGGACGUGGCGUUCCAGAUGAUCAAUGACGAGCUGAUGCUUGAUGGGAAGCCAAGGCUCAACUUGGCUUCGUUUGUGACAACAUGGAUGGAGCCAGAGUGCGAGAAGCUUAUCAUGGAUUCCCUGAACAAGAACUAUGUUGACAUGGAUGAGUACCCUGUUACCACUGAGCUUCAGAAUCGGUGCGUGAACAUGAUAGCAGAUCUAUUCCAUGCACCGCAUGAAGACGGUGAGGCUGCGACUGGAACAGGAACAGUAGGAUCAUCGGAGGCUAUAAUGCUGGCAGGCCUUGCAUUUAAGAGAAAGUGGCAAAACAAGAUGAAGGCUCAAGGCAAGAGUUACGAUAAGCCUAAUAUUGUCACUGGUGCCAAUGUCCAGGUAUGCUGGGAGAAGUUUGCAAGGUAUUUUGAAGUAGAACUGAAGGAAGUGAAAGUGAGGGAAGACUAUUAUGUAAUGGACCCUGUCAAGGCUGUGGAGAUGGUGGAUGAAAACACCAUCUGCGUUGCUGCUAUUUUGGGAUCAACUUACAAUGGAGAAUUCGAAGAUGUGAAGCUCUUGAAUGAUCUCUUGCUGGAAAAGAACAAGCAAACGGGAUGGGAUACCCCAAUUCAUGUCGACGCUGCCAGUGGUGGGUUCAUUGCACCAUUCUUGUAUCCUGAUCUUGAAUGGGACUUCCGUCUUCCACUGGUGAAGAGCAUCAAUGUCAGCGGCCACAAGUAUGGCCUUGUUUAUGCUGGAAUCGGGUGGAUUGUUUGGAGGGCCAAAGAGGACUUGCCUGAAGACCUUAUCUUCCACAUCAAUUACCUCGGAGCUGACCAGCCCACUUUCACCCUCAAUUUCUCUAAAAGUUCUAGCCAGAUUAUUGCUCAAUAUUAUCAACUUAUCCGAUUGGGUUUUGAGGGAUACCGGAAUAUCAUGGAGAAUUGUCAGAACAAUGCAAUGGUGCUAAAAGCAGGGCUGAUAAAAACAGAACGCUUUAAGAUUUUGUCAAAGGACAUCGGGGUUCCAGUGGUGGCGUUUUCUCUCAAGAAUAGAACCCGUUACAAUGAGUUUAAAGUGUCUGAAAAUUUGCGUCGGUCCGGGUGGAUUGUGCCUGCAUAUUCCAUGCCGGAGGACGCUAAGCAUGUGGCCUUGCUCCGUGUUGUCAUAAGGGAAGACUUCUCUUGCACUCUUGCUGAGCGACUUGUCUCUGAUAUUACUCACGUCCUGCAAGAGCUCGAUAUGCUGCAUCCAGCUGCUCCUCCUGCCAUUGAAAAUGGUCAUCUCAAAGUGGCUGCAAAUGGCCUCCUCAAAGUGCCUGCCAAUGGUGUUGCAAACGGUGAUCACGAAGUGGCUGCAAAUGGUGUUGCAAAUGGGAAGGCAUAG